GGGGUACCCAUAUAAUAAACCGUAACGUAAUAGACGCUUAAUUGCGAUUUAUUAUGGAGGAGAAGAAGGAGAAGGAGGGCGAAGCGGAGAUCCAGGAGCACGGUCCCGAACAUUGGUUCUCCAAAUGGGAGCGGCAGUGUUUGGCCGAAGCGGAGCGACAGGAGCCGAGCGACGACGAGGCGGAGCAAAGUCAGCAGAAACUAUGGCACCUUUUCCAAAAUUCAGCCACUGCGGUCGCACAGCUAUACAAAGACAGAGUUUGUCAACAGCAGGGUCUGUCUCUCUGGGUUCCCUUCCAGAACGCAGCUACUGCCGUCACCAACCUGUACAAAGAGUCACUAGAGUCCCACCAGCGGAGCUAUGAGUCGGGGGUCCAGCGGGCGUACCAGCGUCGUAACAAAGACAUGCUGGCCUGGGUGAAGAAGAGGAGGAGAAACAUCAGGAGGGAGGACCUCAUCAGCUUUUUGUGUGGCAAGGCCCCGCCCCCACGCAACCCCCGUCGCGACGCACAGACACCCAAACACGGCCACGCCCUCUCUGUGAUGUCGCCUGGCAGGCCGCCGUCCACGGAGAGCGGGUCGUCUGUCGAGGCUGACCUGCAGCCCUUCAGAGAGGCCAUCGCACUGCACGGCCUGAGUGGGGCGAUGGCCAGUAUAUCUGUUCGUUCCGGUGCCCCUGGCUCUCCGACGCACCUAACACGCGACAGCCCCGUCACUCCGCAGCCGGGUCGUAACCGUAGGAACGGUCUCCACGACGUCGACCUGAACACCUUCAUCGCCGAGGAGAUGGCGCUCCAUUUGGAGAACGCCGCGGCAACCGCUGCAGCCAAUAGGAAGAGGGCGUCUGCCCAGUGCAGUGACGUCAUCACAGACUCGCCCACCCAUAAACGCAACCGGAUGCUCUGAGUGUCCCCGGAUAUCACACACGCACAUCGACAACGCACACACGCUCAAGGCACUUUUCACACACACACACACACACGCUCAAGGCACUUUUCACACACACACACACAAAUUACACACACUAGAUAUUUCUACUUUGCUAUAUCGCGGCCCGAGCUGAUUGGAUGAUGACUCGUCCACCAGGCCGGCCAAUCAAACCCUCCCAACCUGGCACCUCCCCCUCUGUUGUUUAUUAAAAAAAAAGAGAGAGAAAUGUAAAUGAUUAAAAUGCCACUUAUCCCCUCCUCCCUCUCCCUCCCCCUCCUCCCUCUCCGUCAUCCCUCCUCCCUCUCCGUCAUCCCUCUCCUUCCUGUGUUCCCUCCUUUCCUCGUGGUUGGCAUGACAACGACUUGGAAUGAUAGCACAAACAGAUUGCUAAGCUCACCAGCAGCCUGUCUCGACCUCUGGGAUGAAACAGUGUUGGCCAUGUGUUCUGAGUGGUGGGACAUACCUGCACCCUGUUACUAGAGGUGUGUUGGGGUCCUGAGGCCAAGAAGCCUUCCUGUAUAGUAGCCCCUCCCCCCUCCUGUUACUAGAGGUGUGUUGGGGUCCUGAGGCCUAGAAGCCUUCCUGUAUAGUAGCCCCUCCCCCCUCCUGUUACUAGAGGUGUGUUGGGGUCCUGAGGCCUAGAAGCCUUCCUGUAUAGUAGCCCCUCCCCCCUCCUGUUACUAGAGGUGUGUUGGGGUCCUGAGGCCUAGAAGCCUUCCUGUAUAGUAGCCCCUCCCCCCUCCUGUUACUAGAGGUGUGUUGGGGUCCUGAGGCCUGGAAGCCUUCCUGUAUAGUAGCCCCUCCCCCCUCCUGUUACUAGAGGUGUGUUGGGGUCCUGAGGCCUAGAAGCCUUCCUGUAUAGUAGCCCCUCCCCCCUCCUGUUACUAGAGGUGUGUUGGGGUCCUGAGGCCUGGAAGCCUUCCUGUAUAGUAGCCCCUCCCCCCUCCUGUUACUAGAGGUGUGUUGGGGUCCUGAGGCCUAGAAGCCUUCCUGUAUAGUAGCCCCUCCCCCCUCCUGUUACUAGAGGUGUGUUGGGGUCCUGAGGCCUAGAAGCCUUCCUGUAUAGUAGCCCCUCCCCCCUCCUGUUACUAGAGGUGUGUUGGGGUCCUGAGGCCUAGAAGCCUUCCUGUAUAGUAGCCCCUCCCCCCUCCUGUUACUAGAGGUGUGUUGGGGUCCUGAGGCCUAGAAGCCUUCCUGUAUAGUAGCCCCUCACCUCUCAAGCGACUGUGGCUCUUGUCUCCUCUCGAUGCGUGUGUGUUGGACAGAACUGCCACUAAUUGUGUGUGUGUGUGUGUGUGUGUGUGUGUUCGUUGAGCACAAUCCUGACUGGAUUCAUGUGUAUUUGUGUUUUGUUUUAUAAAGCCUCCACCCCAAUAGCUCUUCCUGUCUGCUCUCUCUAACCUUUAACCCCAAGUCCUCUUAUCUACAGUGUAUAUACAUUAUGACAACUAGGUUCUGCUGUUGUAUGAUGCAGACAUACAUGUGGUACAUAUUGUAAAAAAAAAUAAAAAACACAAUUGUAAAAAAAGAAAAAAGAAAUGCAAAACCAUUUGAAUUGUUUAAAAUGUAAAAUAAUGAUUAUGGCAUUAAACAAACCAAGCUUUUAACUAUGAA